AUGUGGAAGCACUUUGGGGGACUGCUAUCUGUUGAGGAGUCCUGCGGCUACUUCUGUCCAUCAUUGAUUUGUUGGUCAGUUAUUUAUUUUAUUUUUUUCUAUUCUUCUCACAUUCACGAAUUAUCCAUUCGAUAUUUGCAUUAUAUUAACCCAUUUAUCUAUUUAUAUCUAUCUAAAACUCUCUCUCUCUCUUUGUUCAUAUAUUUCUUCUCUCUCUUUGUUCAUAUAUUUCUUCUCUCUCUUUGUUCAUAUAUUUCUUCUCUCUCUUUGUUCAUAUAUUUCUUCUCUCUCUUUGUUCAUAUAUUUCUUCUCUCUCUUUGUUCAUAUAUUUCUUCUCUCUCUUUGUUCAUAUAUUUCUUCUCUCUCUUUGUUCUUAUGUCUUUCUCUCUUUGUUCAUAUAUUUCUCUAUCUCUUUUUGUUCAUAUAUUUCUCUAUCUCUUUUUGUUCAUAUAUUUCUUCUCUCUCUUUGUUCUUAUAUUUCUUCUUUCUCUUUGUUCUUAUAUUUCUUCUCUCUCUUCUUAUAUUUCUUUCUCUUUGUCCAUAUAUUUCUCUAUCUCUCUUUGUCCAUAUAUUUCUCUAUCUCUCUUUGUCCAUAUAUUUCUCUCUCUCUCUUUGUCCAUAUAUUUCUUUCUCUCUCUUUGUCCAUAUAUUUUUUUCUCUCUUUGUCCAUAUAUUUCUUUCUCUCUCUUUGUCCAUAUUUCUUUCUCUCUCUUUGUCCAUAUAUUUCUUUUUCUCUCUUUGUCCAUAUAUUUCUUUCUCUCUCUUUGUCCAUAUAUUUCUUUUCUCUCUUUGUCCAUAUAUUUCUUUCUCUCUCUUUGUCCAUAUAUUUCUUUCUCUCUCUUUGUCCAUAUAUUUCUUUCUCUCUCUUUGUCCAUAUAUUUCUUUCUCUCUCUUUGUCCAUAUAUUUCUUUCUCUCUCUUUGUCCAUAUAUUUCUUUCUCUCUCUUUGUCCAUAUAUUUCUUUCUCUCUCUUUGUCCAUAUAUUUCUUUCUCUCUCUUUGUCCAUAUAUUUUCUUUUCUCUCUUUGUCCAUAUAUUUCUUUUCUCUCUUUGUCCAUAUAUUUCUUUCUCUCUCUUUGUCCAUAUAUUUCUUUCUCUCUCUUUGUCCAUAUAUUUCUUUCUCUCUCUUUGUCCAUAUAUUUCUUUCUCUAUUUCUUUUUUUAAUUCAUCUCUCUCUGUUUUUUAAUUCAUCUCUCUCUCUCUCUCUUUGUUUUUCAAUCAUCUCCCUCUCUUUUUGUUCAUUCAUCUCUCUCUCUUUGUUUAUUAAUAUCUCUCUCUAUCCAUAUAUUUCUUCUCUCUCUGUUCAUAUAUUUUUUCAUUCAUCUUUGUCUCUCUCUUUGUUCAUCCAUCUCUCUCUCUUUGUUUAUUCAUAUGUCUCUCUCUCUUUCUCUGUUCAUUCAUCUCUCUCUCUCUCUGUUUAUUCAUCUCUCUCAGUUAUUUUUCUUUUCAUCCUUUUUCUCGAUCUGUUCAAAUCUCUUUUCAAGGUCUUUUUUUGUUGUUGUUAUUAUAUUUGUUUUUCUCUGUCUUUUCUAUUCUUUCUUCCCUCUCAAUUUGUUUCUUUUUUCUUUCUCUCUCUCUCUCUCACUGUUCUUUACUCUCUUUCUCUGUCAGUUUGUUCCUCUCUUUCUCUCAUUGCUCAUCUAUCUCAAAAUGUUUAUCUGUUUACUUGUUUCUCUCUCUCUAAGUCUUUAUCUUUCUAUUCCUUCCUUUUUCUUUAUUUGUUCCUUUUUUCUCCCUCUCUCUCUGUUCUUUAUUCCCUUUGCCAGUUUCCCCUCUCUCUCUCUCUCUCUCUGUUUUUUGGCUUUUCUCCCUUUAUCUCUCUUAUUCUGUUUUUUAUUUCUCCUUCUCUCUCAUUCUCUUCUCUCUGUCUGUUCAUCUUUCUAUCUCUCUCUCUCUCUCUCUCUCUCUCUCUCUCUCUGUUUUUUGGCUUUUUCUCCCUUUAUCUCUCUUAUUCUGUUUUUUAUUUCUCUUUCUCUCUCAUUCUCUUCUCUCUGUCUGUUCAUCUUUCUAUCUAUCUCUCUCUCUCUGUUCCUUUAGCACCUUUUGCUUUUUUAUCCAAUUCCUCCCCCUUUUUCUUUCUUUCUCUCUCCUCACACCAUUCAACUUUCUCCCUCUCUCAUCUAAUUCCUCAUUUUUCCUUCCCCUUCAACACACUCUCUAAUUCUCUUCAUAUUCUAAUUCUUCUUUCCUCUCUCUCUCUCUCUCUCAACAGCACCUUUUGCUUUUUUUAUCCAAUUCCUCUCCUUUUCUUUCUUUCUCUCUCCUCACACCAUUCAACUCUCUCCCUCUCUCAUCUAAUUCCUCAUUUUCCUUUCCCCUUCAACACACUCUCUAAUUCUCUUCAUAUCUCUCCGAUUCUCUCUCUCUCUCUCGUCUUUUCAGUUCCUAUCUUGGAUUUUUUGAUCAGACAUAUAGGCUCAUUGUUUCAGUUUUCAAAUGAAAUUCAACCCUCUCUCUCCCUCUCAUCCAAAGCAUCUUCCUCUUUUUUUCUUAUCAAAUUCCCCCCCUCUCUCUCUUAUUCAAGCCAACCAACUUCCUUUUUCUUUCUCUCUCUUCAUCCUAUUCAUCUCCCUCUCUUUCUCUUAUCCAGUUCCUCAUUUUCUCUUUCUCUCCUCCCUUCAACACACUAA